GCUGUAAUAUUUAUUCAUUCCACGAAACACAUUAGAGGCCUGUGGCGUUUUCUGGACCUCGUGGUCCGCCAGUCGUCAAGCUGGAGUCGUAAGUUCCGUCCACCUUUUAGCGCGGGUCGCAUAGCUUCAGAUCGCUAUAGUUGCUCCAGAGUUAUUCUGUCAUGGUCACUCCAAUAUCAAUAAUACCAUAUAUAAUCAAGCCUUUCCUCUUGUGCGCAAUACUAAUAUGAUUUGGCUCAGCUUCAUCCACGUCGCCGCCUGGUCGCAGCACCGGAGCCCAAGCCCCGGCCCGCAGCGUACCUUUGGCCAUCUUCGAUCGCUCUCGAGCAUGUCUCCGUCUGCUAUUUCCCGGUCGAGAUCCCCGGCUAAAUCCCACUCUUCGUCAAACAUAGCUACCGAGAUGAUGGUGCCGCCGGCGACCAACAUUAAUUCUCUUAGUGUGCCCGAACCUAGGAGAAUGGCAUCGCAAAGCUCUCUCAUGGAGGAUCAGGAUCACAGCACUAUUCCCGACCCUAGAACGCGCGCCGCGUCUAUUGCGAGUAGUAAUCUUCAUCCAGAUUUAGAUCAAGAAGUCGCCGCGUUAAGCACGAAGCUCAUCAAUGCAAUUAAUCACCAAACUAAUCUCGACGAUACGCUCUCGGCGACAAGGCAAGAAUUGGAGGCUUCCCGAGAACGAGUUAAAGAAUUAGAGGCGACAGUAGCACGACAACAGGAAAUGCUGACCGGUGAUGUUUGGGUUAAACGCAAAAAUGUUGAAAGCGAAAAGAGCAAAUUACUCGCGCGCAUUGUCGAAGAAAAGAGGUUACGAGCUGAAGUCGAAAAGGAUAAAAAGAAGAUCGAACAGGAGCUCGAGACAUUAACAGUUUCCUUAUUCGAAGAAGCAAACAGGAUGGUUAUUACAGCAAAAGAGGAUGCUAAGAAAGAACAGGAUGCCCUUCACCGGAAAAAUGAACAAUUAAAAGCGCAGCUAGCCGAUACCGAAAGCAUUUUAAGAUCGCAGCAAGAACAGUUAGCGGAGCUCAAACUUGUCAUGGAGCAGAUGACGAUCGAGCGCGAGGAUCAUUGUGGUACCGCGCCUUCAUCUCCCGGAUUUAGCAAGUUCGAAUCGAGAGACGACGAUACUCAAAUAUCCGAAGGUGGCCCGCAUUCUGUCACAGAGCAGUUUGUUCCUACAUACCCGACAAAUCUCCCACACCUUAUACACCCAGUGUUGAGGACCGAUCUGCAUGCCUAUGAUGAUUUUAUGUCACUGGUACAGACGUCGAAGAGAGCGUCUGAUAGUCGCGCCUCGUCCGGAUCUUAUAGUGGACUUAACCCUCUUCUUGGCCUUACUUCUAGGCAUGCCUCGGCUCCCUCAAAUUCGUCAACGGCCUCUUUAUCUACAUUCGAAGCAUCAAGCUCUAACACAUCUCCGCAAACACCGAACACGCCUGCUUCAAUCCUUAGUGCAGGAUCUACAGCCUCCUCUGCCCCGUUACCAUCACUAAAAGACACUAAAUUUUAUAAAAGAGUUCUAGCUGAAGAUAUUGAACCGACUUUGCGCCUCGACACGGCACCCGGCCUUUCCUGGCUUGCUCGUCGGUCUGUUCUCAGCGCCAUGACCGAGGGGUCUCUUGUUGUAGAACCAGUUCCUACAACUUCCCCAUUCCAAUCCAUCAGCAAACCCCAAUUUUAUCCUUGCUCGCUUUGCGGCGAGGCCCGUAAGGACGAGCCACACCUGCGAAAUCAUCGUUUCCGGACGAGCGAGUCGGAUUCUGCCCAGCGGUAUCCCCUUUGCAAAUACUGCCUUGAUCGUGUGAGGUCAACAUGUGAUUUCCUCGGUUUCUUGCGUAUGGUGAAAGACGGACACUGGCGUGCAGAGGAUGCAGAGUCUGAACGGGCUGCUUGGGAAGAGAGUGUCCGACUGCGGGACCAAAUGUUCUGGAGCCGCAUAGGAGGUGGUGUCGUCCCAGUUAUUAGUCAUAUACAUUCCAGCAGUGCCGAAGAAACGUCUAUUCGAAAUAGCCAGGACGUGAACAGGACUUCGAUCGACGAAAAUAAGAUAGAAGUCGUACAACCUACCACACUCAGCGAAUCCGGAUCGACUCCGAAGCCAACCGAGCCUAAUCAAGAUGAUAAGUCGGAACAUGUCAUUGUUACUUCCGAAGACCAGGGUGCUGGUAGCGCUGGAGACUCGAUUGAACACCUAGAACUUACGGAUCUAGACGCGGGAAAAAACCAACAACUUUCUCUUACAAUACCUGAUACAAUACCUGAUGCUUCUAGCAAAGAGGCGUCAGAAUGAUCCUCGACGCAACAAUCAUAUCAACCUAAUAUCCCAUUUCCUUUUGUCACGCUCAAAAGUUCAUUCAUCAGCCACGGCAUUAUUUUCGCGCGUACAUAUUUUCUCAGCGCUGGCCCUUAGACCCUUGUGUAUAACACUUACCUUAGUCAUUAGAGUCAGCCGAGGGUGGCGACCCACGGCGAAUGGGUCGCGGUACUGGCUAGCAUUGGUGCAUUUAGCGGGCUGGUGUUUUCUGGAGUUUUGCUAUUUUUGUCUGCAUUGGGCGAGUGCGAGUAGAUUAGAGCUGCCAGGCUCGGGUGAGUUCGCCUCAGGGGACCUUGGAUAAGGAUUGGAACCGGAGCUUCAAGGUUAUCAUAUGGACGUGCUGCCGCUGGCUCAAAGGGGGGAGGCUUGGGGCGCUUCGGGCCGAGCGUAGUCUACGAAGACGAGGCUACGGAGGACCCGAAAUUCGAGUUAUAUAAUAUGAUGGUUAGCAAUAUAUAUUGCGCUGAAAUGCUAUUGCAUGAUAAGUCCUAAUGUCUGAUAUCUAAUGAAUACUUAAAAAUAAGUCUAAGUAAA